UUUUUGUUGAACACCCAAAAAGAACGAGCUGAUCCAGACGAACCAUUCAAUCCAUCCGUAGUCAGCCAGAUUUCCUGACUGACCGACCGAAAAGACUUCACCACCAUUACCACCACCAAGUCCUGAAUACAAAGAAAAACCACAAUGUCCUUCUUCGGCUUCGGCAAACCGCAGCCCACCUCGGCCGAGAAGAUUGCCGCCGUCGAGAACGAGCUCAAAGUCCUGACUGAAAUGCAUAACCGGAUGCUCAAGAUUUGCUCCGCAAAGUGCCUCGACCGGACAUACCGCGAAGCCGACCUCUCCAAGGGCGAGGCCGUCUGUCUGGACCGGUGCUCGGCCAAGUUCUUCGAUGCGCACCAGUCCGUGUCGGAGCAGCUGCAGCGUGAGGGGGCCGCGCGCGGAUUCGGCGGGGGGAUGUAAAAGGGAAGGCAAAUAACAAUCAUCAAAACAUCCAAGACCCUCCCUCACAUCGAACUGAGCAUGCUGCUUUCCAAAGCGCCAAAGUUGGAUCUGGUGAGGGGUGACGUGGGCAAGGAGUUGACUAUCGCUCCUUCUACCGUGUCCCCCUUAGCCGGCUGGGUUGCUUUUGGGGCGCUAGGGCAUAGGAGGUUGGUUUAAUGUGUAUAUUACAAACCGGGACUGGGACACGAUUCACUCUCACUGGGGUUGGUAAAUUCUUCUGGGACUGGUUCUGGUGCUGAUCUAGAGCGCGCCUUGGCAGUGUUUGAAUUGGUUUAUGAUAUGUAUGAUAGAAACACAGAGUGGACACGGGUGAGCAAACUAGAGCGGUCCGGCGUGACCAGAAGCAGACAAUUGGGAAAAGGGAUAUCACCACUGCCAAUCUCC